AUGAAGGAAGACUCCUGCCUCCCCCCCUCCCUCCCCUAUUCCAUUGAUCCUGUUAUUGGAACCAGAAUUGACCCAUUUAAAACAGACUCGCACAACGGGCAAGAGUCCUUCUACCAGUCGUCUUCUCGGGCGCUUCCAUCGACCAUAGCACGUUCGCUGCCUUAUGCCCCUUCUGGUGAACCGGUUCAAGCAGUUUCGGAGUCGGAGGCAAACACUGGGUAUCACGAAGUGGGGCCUGUCCAGUCGGGCACGCAGCCCCAGCACCUUUGGACCAACCAGCGUCAGGGAAACGAAGGACUAGAGGCGGCGAAUCAAUCAGCAGGCUUAGAUGUCGGUUUUCAGGACGCCAUUCGAGAGGCAGAUUAUUCGUAUCCACUGCCAAUUACACCUCUUACUUACCUAUACCCACGAGGCCAUCCUCCAAGUGUUGCCUCGCACGAUGGAUACCCCCAUGGACCUCCAUCACUCAAUUUCAAUCCAGAGCCCCACCCAGCGCCCCACAACAGUACUCCAGCGCCCUAUCGCGAUAGGGCUUUUGGGCCAGGUGCACACUAUGGUGCUAUGGGCCAGACUGUUCCGAACCCACUCAAUUCAGGUUCGACUGUGGCUUCGAUGCCAGUGACUGAUCCAAUUGGGUUGCCAGGCCCAAGCCGCUCCCAGCCUCCUCAGCAAUAUUCUCAACACAUGCCUCAACAAUGCUCGCGACUCGGCGACUAUUCCCAAUCCCAACCUCAGCCCUCCCAGAAUCCAUAUCCAACGCCUACCUCGAACAUCGCACCCUCCAAUGUUACAGGCUUAACUUCUGAUCGAGAUCCUUGGUCUACCCGCAUCGCAGCCACGGCGCAAUCAUACUCGAGUAAUGCGAACGCCGCAACGGUCCCCGCAGGUUUGGCUGAACACGGACUGUUUCCCCCAACCGCCCACCCCGCUCGCGGAACCCAACUGGGGUCGGUUCGUCGCGGCGGUAAAACUCGGACUAUAUGGUUUUCGACCGAGCCACUUCCUCCGGAUAUGGACAAGGUCCAAGUCGAGCAAGUCCUAGGCGAUACCAUUGUCCACCAACAAUCCACGGAGGACCAACCUUCGGUUAAGUUCGUGAACCACACCCCGGAUGAACUACGCCUUAAAUUUGCGAAAACUGAAGAGUCGCCAGCAUCAUCUGCUCCUGGUCCAAAUCCUCCCAUUGCGCCUGCGACGUUGCCCGCUUCUUUGCCAGCCAAUCUUCGAGAGGAGUUACUCGACCCGAAACUCUUGAAACGCCUGGGAAAGGUCGAUCCUCGUUCAUCAGCUGUUAUCGCUAACAUCUUCCAGGCGUUCCACGACAAGCUCACUCAAGAAUUGAAUAGAAGCGCUCCGACGUCCAUACAGGCUGAGCCCUUGAAAGAAGCGAAAAGUAUUCUCGUUUCCUGGGGCCUGCAGUACAUCUUGAACGGCAUGCUUGAGGGGAUGAUCGUAUCGCAGGAGGACCUCCAGACGUGUCUCAAAAAGCGCCUCAACAGAGGCGACGAUGUCUUUGGAUACAUAUGCCAAGCUUGGCGAGGUAUCCAUAGCAAAGCCUCCGAAAGUCGCUUGCGUUCAGAAUCCUCUCCAACGAAUCGCCGUCGAAGAUCGACAUCAACAUCCCGCAGGAGUAGACCACGCUCGGUAUCAGCUUCGGGAUUACAGGCGGCUCGCCUAGGCUCUUCGAGCAACCAUUCCGGAACGGACGACUAUACCCGCUACUUUUCGCCCGAGACGGCCAGAGAAAUCGAGGAGCAUCUUCUCACCGGCCUGAGCAUUUUCCUCACCGACUACGUCACGGCCCCAUUCAUCGAGGGCAUGGUGGACCACGCCCUUCGCCUCCUCGUCGACCUCUCCCCAGAACUCAAGCGCUUCUUCGACUCGACCGCGGGUUUCGACAUCACCGAUCUUAUCAAUGUCAUUCUCAAUAUCGCUUUGAGUGGAUGCUACAUGCAUUACUAUGGGACGAAGCCUGACGGCGUUGGCCUCCCCUUCAUCCAGACUGAGUACAAGCCCCAUCCCACUGCUCAUGAGUCGUUCCAGAUUGUUCUUUGCCUCAGGGCUGACAAGAUGGUCGCCAAGAACCGCGAACCUUAUGUUUUGCAUUUCCGAAGCGGGGGGGUGAUUGGUCUAUUCACAUGGAUGGUCAGGGGGAUCCGAAGCCUCAUCAGUAGCAGCCCAAAUCCCGUUCUAGAACGGCUUGCAGGCCAGGCAUGCGAUCCACCCCUCGAAAAGGACUUUAUGGGUCGAACGCUGGUGCUCCCAAUCGCCGUCAUGUCAAUAGCGCUGUAUGGCUGCUUUCACUUUCGCAGUCUAACAGUCACAGGUAGGGAUGUACUCGAAAACCUGCAGUGUCGAAGGAUCCUUUCCCGCAAGAUGGCAACCGCUGGGGGCGCCUUGAAAGCAUUCGUCAAGGAAGACCCCUUCGAAUAUGCCGAGCUACGCCGCCAUCUACUUCACUGUGUGGACAUCUAUACUACACCGGCACCGAUACCGGCACCUCUAGACCUCGGCCUGACCUGGACAGUCGACAGCGCCGUCCACCUCAACUUUGGACGACCGCUCCUCGCACACGCCAGUCACGUCGCUCUUCACGAAGAGAUUGAGGUGGAUAACGCAGAUGGCGACUCAAUGUCCACCACCACGGCGAUUAACGACCUUUCGCACAACCCCCACCACUAUUCCUCUCCCAUUCCGCACUUCGAUAAUCGACCUUCUGCUCAGCGACAUCGCCUCUUGGAAGCCCUCAGACCUGCCGAACCCCGUCCAGCCACCCAGACCUACUAUAGCACGGUGGCGCUGGGUAAUGCUGGUCCUACGACGCCCGAUGUCGCAAGCUUUGAUAUUUUAAUCGAAGCCGCCCUAAACUCAAUAGCCCUUCCGUCCCGAAUUCUAGUUCAACGUUUCAGCUUCCAACUGGAGCCGGACGAAGAAGUUGCCGAAGCAGAAAUCGACGUCGAUGUCACAGUGGACGAAGUCGCGAGCUUCGUCGGCGUGAGGCCAGGAGCACCGGACGCGAUAGAAGGGGGUGUGGUCGAACCAUUGGACACUCUUGAGCCGGGAGGACAGGUUCGUACGUCUUAUCUGGACGAGACGUUCGACAGCAUACGAUUGGGCGAAGAAGAUGCCGCCGAGAUUUCCGGGAUUACCAUCUACGUUAUCUCAUUGAAGAUUUAUGGCUCUGGAUAA